UUGGGACGCUAUUCUCCAGGCCGCGACUGAACGUGCAGUGUCACCUCAGUCCUGUCCCGGUAUCACCGAAAGCCGGCUCCCAGCGCCCAGCACCGCGCGGCCGGGAGCCCACGGGUGGCCCCGGUAGUCUGUGGGGCAUAUGGGGCGGCGCUAAUCGGGCUGGCGGCGCAGGCCAGGAGCCUCCCCAACAUGAACCUCGUGGGUAGCUACGCGCACCAUCACCACCAUCACCACCCACACCCCGCGCACCCCAUGCUCCACGAGCCCUUCCUCUUUGGCCCGGCUUCCCGCUGUCACCAGGAGCGGCCCUACUUCCAGAGCUGGCUGUUGAGCCCGGCGGACGCUGCCCCGGACUUCCCUGCAGGCGGGCCACCACCCGUAGCUGCUGUGGCCGCCGCCUACGGUCCCGACGCCAGGCCUGGUCAGAGCCCCGGGCGACUGGAGGCGCUCGGGGGCCGCCUGAGCCGGCGGAAAGGCUCAGGCCCCAAGAAGGAGCGCAGACGCACGGAAAGCAUUAACAGCGCGUUCGCCGAGCUGCGCGAGUGCAUCCCCAAUGUGCCGGCUGACACUAAGCUCUCCAAGAUCAAGACACUGCGCCUGGCUACCAGCUACAUCGCCUACCUGAUGGACGUGCUGGCCAAGGACGCACAGGCGGGCGACCCCGAGGCCUUCAAGGCUGAACUCAAGAAGGCCGACGGUAGCCGAGAGAACAAGCGGAAAAGGGAGCUGCCACAGCACGAAGGCUUUCCUGUCGCCCUGGGCCCAAGCGAGAAGAGGAGUAAAGGGCGCACCGGCUGGCCACAGCAAGUCUGGGCGCUGGAGCUAAACCAGUGAGCCGAGACCCGAGCGAGGACCUGGCCCCGGCUGGCCGACCCGGGCGGGGACGAGAGGAAAGCGGCGGCGAAGGCCAGCCUCUGGGCCCCCCGGCUGGAGCCUAUCGUGCCCAGCCCCUACCCCGGUGCUGGAAGGUCGUUGGUUGUAACCACACACUUGGAUCGCACGUGCAAUGUCCUUUGAAAUUGUUUUAAAAUACAUUAAGAGAAAGAGAAAUUUAUAUUAUAUAUAUGUAUAUGUAUAUCGCCAUUUCCUCUGAGGGUGACCCGAAGCAGGAUGGAGGAGCUGUGGAACCGAAGGGCCCAAAGCCUCCACCAUUCGUGCUGUGCCCAAUCCAAAAUCCCAAGCGCCACCCUCUCUCUGCUCUCCGGCUCUCUUUUCCCCCCUCCUCUUUGCGUCAGAAUCCCCGGAUAUCUUCGCAAAUUGAAAUGCAAUAAGAGGAAUCAAUAGUUUUCCAACCGGGAAACCGAACCAAAAGCAGCAAGACGGAGGGCUGACUUUUGUUCCCUUUAAGACUGUAGUGUUUUAAUUAUAUUUUUAUCGCUGCCCUUCCUACCAAGUCCCCCUCCCUCCUUCUUUGCUCCUUUCUAGAUAUAAACUUUCCCCAAUGUUGCAGUUUUUUAAUGUAUUUAAACUACCUAUCAAGCCUGUUUCGCUCAGGUGUUUUCUCUCCGGGCUCACUCCUUUUCUACCUCAGAUCUAUAAGACCACUCACAGCCCUUCCUUUGCCAAAGCAGCAUCUAUGCUCUUGACUAAUAAAAAAGUUU